AUGCAAGUCGUUGUUGAUGAACAUCUGAAGCGUGAGAAUACAGGGGAAAUCAGGAUGUUCUGCCGGCUGGAGACACGGACAUCACAACUAUUACUGCUCUUCAUAGUUAUAAUCAGUUUCAGCUUCACUAUUCGAACAGUUUACUAUUUUGCAAGUCAAAGCAGUAUUGGAGCCUCUCUGGAGCCUAGCUGCGCUCCCAAGAAGCACGUGGCGUUCCUGAAGACGCACAAGACGGCGAGCAGCACCAUCCUUAACAUCCUGUAUCGAUACGGGGAGCUCCGGAACCUCAGGUUUGCCUUGCCGUUUGUGGACCAUUUGGGCUACCCUCAAAGAUUCAGGGCAGAAUUCGUCAAGGACUUUGCUAAGAGCCGUGUCAAAGAAUAUGACAUCAUCUGCAAUCACAUGAGAUUCUAUUUACCUGAGGUGAUGAGGGUGAUGCCGAACGGUUCGUUUUAUUUCUCCAUCAUCAGAAAUCCCGUCCAAUUGGCCGAGUCCGCGUUUGCGUACUAUCACUCUGUGUCGCCGGCCUUCAAGAGAGCAGCGAGUCUGGUUGAGUUCGUGCUGCACGCCGACACAUAUUACAAGAGCUCGGAGCCAAACAGUCACUACGCUCGGAAUCUCAUGUGGUUCGACUUCGGCCAUGACAACAACAUGGCCGACAUCCCUGUCUACGUCAGUGCCGUUAUCAGCAUGCUGGAGAGGACCUUUGACCUCAUCAUGGUGGCCGAGUACUUUGACGAGUCGCUGGUCCUGUUCAAGGAGGCCCUCUGCUGGGAGAUAAAGGAUGUGGCGCACUUCAAGCUCAAUGCCCGCUCCAGUGACUCCAUCAGCCCGCUCAAUGCCACCAUGGCCGAGAAGGUCAAGGCCUGGAAUGGACUGGACUGGAAGCUCUACUGUCACUUCAACGCAUCCUUCUGGCAGCGAGUCGCCAACUACGGCCAAGAGAGGAUGCAGCAGGACGUCGCUCGCUUGAGGGUGCUGCGCCAACGCCUGAGCGCUGACUGCCUCCAGGGCGGCGCUCCCGUGACGAGCGAGCAGGUCACGGCGGCGAGACUCAGGCCCAGAAACUUUGGCAAAGCUAAAAUCCUGGGCUACAUCCUCAAGGCCAACCUGACCGGCGACAGGCUGGCCCUCUGCCAGCGGAUGGUGCUCCCGGAACAGUAUCACCUGGACCACCUGCAGAAGAUGCAGCCUCUGCCACCGCUGGCCUGA